UCCAGCAUCAGACAGUUCAGACUCCGGACCCCGAGCUGUGAUCUGAAGAAAACAGAAGAAGAAGCAGGAUGUUGUGCGCCAGCGUCUUCCAGCCGUCUGCCAUCGCCGUGAGGCCUUUUGUGGACAUGCACUGGCCCAUCCGCAGCCUGUGGCCCGAGACGCGUCCUCUCUUUUACCACAUUGAGCAGGAGAUGCUCCGCCACAUGCAGGAGAUGCGACAGAGCAUGGAGUACAUGGAGCGGCUGCACCAGAGGAUCUUUGACGAGAUCGACCACACGCCGGCUUCCGCCACCUUCAAACCCAUCGCUUUCCAGGAGCUGAGGCCCGACGGCUGUAGCUUCGCACUCAGUCUGGACACCAAGGAGUUCUCCCCUGAAGAGUUGUCGGUCAAACAGGUGGGCAGGAAGCUGAGGGUGAGCGGCAAGACAGAGAAGAAGCAGGACGACGGCAAGGGAUCCUAUUCCUACAGGUGUCAGGAGUUCAGGCAGGAGUUUGACCUCCCGGAUGGCGUUGACCCCGAGGCCGUCAGCUGCUCUCUGGUGGGCGGUCAGCUUCAGAUCCAGGCACCGCGAGAGAAAGCAGCCAGCGAUGGAAAGGAGCGAGUGGUGCCCAUCAACGUCACGUCCACCCCGGCGAUCACUACAUCCUCAACCGUGUCCUCAGAAGGGUCAGAGGUCAACGGCCCUUCUUCGACAGAGAACUGAGAGACAGUGAAACCUCUGGCCACUGGACACAUUGAGCAUUUUAGAUUUUUAAAUAUUUUUGAACAAUUUCAGUUUGUUUUAGCCGACAAUUAUGAGGCAUGCAGACAAUAAUAGAAGCACUGAGUCACAUUCUAUUUCUAAAAAUGAUGGAUGAUGCCUUCAAGAACAUUCUUUUCUUUACCGCCAUGCAUGUCACAAGAUUUAUUGAUAUUAAAAGUGGUGUGUUAUACCAUAUACAAAAUACUUUGCAUUAUUAAAUAAUAUAAAAGCACAAUAAACAGUUAUUUAAAUAACA